UCGCCGUGCGCUCUGGUCCUCCUCUGCGCGCUCUGUGUCUCGCCUUGGAAAAACUGCGUCGGAGACCUGGAUCACCAAAAGUUGACCGAAUCGGUUUAGAGAUACUGGGCUUGGGACCGGACUGAUUCGGUGUUGGUUUUUCUGAGGGCUGGAGGGGUUUUGUUUGUUUCUUUAAACUUUAAACUUUUACAGUUUAGCCAUGGAGACUCUCGGUCUCCUCGCGCUGCUGUGCGCCUUUAUGGCUGGAGCGCAAACGCAGAACCAAAAAGAAAGGUUUGCGGAUUGUCCGGUUGACAUUUUCUUUGUGCUGGAUACAUCCGAGAGUGUCGCCCUCAGAAAGAAACCUCCCAAGUUUUAUAUUGACCAGGUCAUAAACUUCACCAACAACUUCAUAGAUGAACUCAGGGAAUAUCGCCACCGAUGCGACCGCGUCCUGACGUGGAACUCGGGAGCUCUGCACUACAGCGACGAAGUCAAACUCAUCCGCGGGCUGAGCGACAUGAGGACCGACCGCAAGGCCCUGAAGGAUGACAUCACGCACAUCGACUUCAUCGGCAAGGGCACGUACACCGACUGUGCCAUCAGGGACGGUCUCGGUCACCUGCUCAACGGGGGCACGCACUACCAAGAGAACAAGUACAUCGUGGUGGUGACCGAUGGUCAUCCUAUCACCGGGUACAAGGAGCCGUGUGGAGGCGUGCAGGAGGCCGUGAACGAAGCCAAGCAGCACGGAGUCAAAGUGUUCGCCAUUGCCAUCUUACCUGACCAGGAGGAGACCCGGCUGUCGCUCAUCGCCACAAAUCCGAACUACAGACAGAACUUCACCGCUGCAGACGACACCAGGUCCACGAAGAUGGGAACCAUCAGAACCAUCAUAGAAAUGAUCACAAACGAGACGAAGGAUGUGUGCUGCUCUUUCGACUGCAUUGCUCCGGGAGGAGACGCCGGACCGAAGGGAGACAUCGGAGCAAACGGAGAAACAGGUCGAUUGGGGAUGCCCGGAGAGAAGGGAGACGUUGGCAACGUGGGCAAACUUGGAGAUGCCGGUCCUGUUGGUUACACUGGAAUGAAGGGCGACCGCGGUGGCAAAGGAGGAAAGGGGGGCAGAGGACACAAAGGCUACAAGGGAGACAAAGGUCAAGGGGGAGACGACGGCAGUGACGGACACAAGGGCAAAGAUGGUUUCGCCGGUCUUCCCGGCUGCAAAGGAUCUCCCGGAUCAGACGGCCUGGAGGGGGAUUCUGGACCAAAGGGAGACGCUGGUCCUUAUGGAGUGAAAGGAGGAAAAGGACAAUCCGGAAAAGACGGCGGACCGGGAAGGCCCGGAAACUACGGCCCACUGGGACCUCAGGGCGAGCGGGGACCUCGCGGAAACAACGGGGACAAAGGAGAGCGCGGCGAUGACGGCGGAACCGGACCGGAUGGGAACCGCGGAGAGAGAGGACAAUUUGGAGAGAAGGGCGAGCAAGGUUCCCGUGGAAACAGAGGUCCAAGAGGAGGCAUGGGGGAGCCAGGGCCCCGCGGAGAGCAGGGGAGGGAGGGCUCAACCGGCACCAACGGAGACCCCGGCCAGUCGGGCAGAGCCGGGUCUCCUGGCUACAGAGGAGAUGAAGGCCCACCUGGACCAGAGGGUCCCAAAGGGCCGAGAGGAAUCAAAGGAGCUCCGGGAGACAGAGGCCAGAUGGGGGAGAGGGGAGAAGACGGCAUGCCAGGAAACGGCACUGUGGGUUGUCUCGGCUUCCAGGGUUAUCCUGGGUCCCGCGGAGGCUCCGGUGAACCUGGCGGCAAGGGAACCCCUGGACCCAAAGGAGACGACGGAGACGCCGGAGAUCCAGGCCCCGACAACUUCGAACCAGGACCUCCAGGAACCAAAGGGGCCAAAGGUCACAGAGGACCAGAAGGCAAUCCGGGACCCAUUGGGCCUCCUGGACCACCAGGAACCGAUGAAUGUGAAAUCCUGGAUAUCAUCAUGAAGCUCUGCUCUUGUUGUGAGUGUAAGUGUGCGGCUCUGGACCUCGCCUUCAUCGUGGACAGCUCGGAGAGUAUCGGCUCCGCCAACUUUGCUCUCGCCAAAGACUUCAUCAUCACCGUCAUCGACCGGCUGACCAAAGACCAGCAGCUCAAGUUUGCAAGCAACCACUCCGGACUGAGCGUCGUCCAGUACAGUGGCUCCAAGGCCCAAGAAAAGAUCCGACUGGAAGCCACCGGCCUCAUCGCCUUUAAAGAGAAAGUGAGGAACAUGAAAUGGCUGGCGGAGGCCACGUACACAGGCGAGGCCCUGGAUUUCGCUCUGAGCAACACACUCAGCCUGAUGACCCAUGAGAACAAAGUCGUGAUCGUUCUCACUGACGGACGUUCCGAUCACUCCAGGGACCCAGUUCCCCUCAACGUUCUCUGUGGUAAAGAUCUGCUGGUGGGAGGUUUGGGAAUAAAGGACUACUCGGGCCGUGAGCCCAACCACGAGCAGCUCGAGGAAUUGGUUUGUAAGAGCGACGCCAAACCCGGCUUCGUCUUUGUCCUGGACAACUUCGCCGAGCUGCUGGAUGACACUUUCCUGCAGAACCUCACAUCCAGAAUCUGUCAAAAUAAGACGUGCCCCGACUACAAAUGUCCCCUGUCUUUCACCGAAGAUGUCGACAUUUUGGUGAUGAUGGACAGCUCGGCAAGUGUGGGCCAGAAGAACUUCGCCACUACCAAGACCUUCGUCAGCCGCCUGGCCGAGCGUUUCCUGACCGCCGAGAGGAAGAGGGGGGCCACCGUCAAGAUGGGUGUGGCCCAGUACAGCCGAAGCUCCCGCAUGGAGCAGUCGCCGACCACCAAUCUAACCCUCGUAUCCUAUAAAACCGAAGAGGCGGCCUUCCAAAACGACGGCACCAACGUGUUAGAGGCCCUGGAGUUUGCCGCGAAGAGUUUAGCCGGUCGCGGAGACUCGUCGGGCGGCAGGAGGAAGCUGGUGCUGUUCUCCGACGGCCGGUCUCAGGACGUCACCGAGGACCUGCUGGAGAAUCGCGUUCGCGAGGUGGCGGACGCUGGCGUGGAGGUCUUCGUCAUCGCCGUUGGCACCCAGGUCAAUGAGGUCAACCUGCGCGUGCUGGUGAGCAAGGGGCGGCAGGGCGACAUCAACUACACCCAGCGCCACCUGUUCCGGGUCUCAGACUACAACUCUCUGCUUCACGGGGUCUUCCACCAAACUGUCUCCCGCCGGGUGUCCACCAACAAGCUUUAGAUGUUUAGUCCCGUAUCUGAAUAUUCUGUCUCACUCAUUUACCAUACACUGUGUUCGAGUACUUAAAAAAAAAUUGUUAUGAAUAAUUGUCACAAAAGAGACAAACGAUUGUGUGUAGGUCAAAAGGAAAUGUUUUCGUGAAGUUUACCUGGAGCUUUUUUUCCCCUGAGUUGAGCUUCCGAGGCAGAUUAUCUCAGGCUGUGUGUAAUUUCCACCUUCCGUGCUGAGAUCAUUGGACUAUAAUCCCAAUGAUGGGGCUAGCCUAAACAGUUUUAGUGCCCGGAAGUUCAUUUCAGGGUUAAAAUGUCCCAUGUCGAAAGUGGUUGCCUUGUCCCUGGAGAGCCUUAGUAAAGGCCACAACUAAACUAAAUGUAGAGCCUUUCAGUGCAUUGGAUCCCCUGCAUCAUUUUGCAUUAUUUUCUGCUAUUCAAGACCCGUCCUCUGGCCUACUGGGUUAAAAAUGACUCAGUGUGGCUACACUAUCUUGUCUCUCCAAGACUUGGAGCUCCUGCCAUUCGAAGGAUUUGUCUUAAUGUGGGCUCCGUUUUCUAGCUCUUACCACUUUGUUUUCAAGGUGUCAGAUUUGUGUCACAGUUUUACAACGUAGGGGAACCAGCUGUGGAAGGAAAACGUUCAAAUUCUUUGGCAAGUGCUCGUUUUACCUAAAUAAUUGUUAACCCCAAAUGCUAGUCUGCAUGCCAGGCUAGUCAACUUUGUUUUAGGUUUGCAAGGGUUAGUAGGAAAAAGUCCUAACUCAUGACCGACUUGGUGAAAAGUCACACCUUGAAAUCUUUGUUAGAUCACCAGACCGACCAGGAAAACAGGAAAUUACAUCAAACACACUCCCAAACAAUCCAAUCCAUCCUUCACCUGGUAAUAAUGACGACACCACAGCUGGACUCAGCAUGUUUGUUCCAUCCAAGUGUGUGUAGCUGUAUGUGUGUGAGCGCCUCUGCCUGUACAUCAAUAGUGUGUGUGUGUGUGGAGGUCUGUUGUAUGUGUAGCCCUGGGUGAUUAUUCUAUCAGCAGUUGUGCCGGGGUCGCUAGUUCAAAUCACAGAAUGACAGAAACCUGUUCUUUGUUGUCUGUGAAGCAAAAAGGCCUCACACGCACACACACACACGCACACACACGCACACAUGUGUGUGCCCCAUAAUUUAGGUAGGAAAACAUCUGUCAUGGUGGAGGGCUGGAAAAGAAACGUAUGUGAGGCCCUCACACCCACUUUUAUGAUCCCCGCAACUGUUUCACACACUCAGUGUCGUUGUCAUCCGUGACCCGGAGUCACUGUACUGUUCUUAUCUUUGGUGCUAUGAGUCUCCGUGUAUCAGCCUCUACCCAUGUUGUUAAAGAAGAUAUGUUUACCUGAGGAUACAAAACCUUAGUAGUGUUGUGAGAGCUCCUUCAAUAAAGGUUGCGACACCAAA